ACAAGGAGGUCAUCAGUCGAUUGACUUCAACUAUCUCGUGCUCUCUAUUUGUCGUUGACUGAUCGUCUCUUUGCUUGAUCGCUGUUUGGCGGUGAGGUCAUUUGAAUUUAUUAUGCGGCGCUUUCUCAUCCGCCUCAAUCUAGCCUUGAAGGAGUAGGCGCUCUGAUUCAGAUUAGGGUUCGAAGGAAAACUUAAACCCAGGGAUCAUGAAGACGAAGAAUCCACUCGGCCAGCUUAAGCUCGCCGUGCCUUGUCAAGAGAAGCCAGUAACGGAUUUCCUGACGGCGAGCGGGACUUUCAAGGACGGAGAUUUGCUGCUCAAUAAGAAAGGGUUGAGAUUAAUCUCUGAAGAAAGUAGCAGCCAGCCACCGGAUGUUAAAGAUGUGGAUGUACAAUUCACUAUGGAGGACUUUGAUACUGUUAAGGUUAUUGGAAAAGGAAGUGGCGGUGUGGUUCAACUUGUUCGACACAAAUUUACAGGAGCCUUAUUUGCCUUGAAGGGCAUCCAGAUGAAUAUUCAGGAGACUAUCCGCAAGCAGAUCGUCCAAGAGAUUAAAAUAAAUCAAGCCUCACAAUGCCCCCAUGUAGUUGUUUGCUAUCAUUCAUUCUACCAUAAUGGAGUUAUAUCUCUUGUCCUUGAAUACAUGGACCGGGGUUCUGUUGCCGAUAUAAUCAGACAAGUCAAAACAAUUCUCGAGCCUUAUCUUGCAGUUCUCUGCAAACAUGUUUUAAAAGGUCUGGUGUAUCUUCACCAUGAGAGACAUGUAAUUCAUAGGGAUAUAAAACCAUCAAACUUGUUAGUGAAUCACAAAGGUGAAGUAAAGAUAACUGACUUUGGUGUGAGCGCCGUGCUUGUUAGUUCCAUGGGUCAGCGAGAUACAUUUGUCGGUACUUACAAUUAUAUGGCGCCCGAACGGAUUAGUGGAGGUUCAUAUGAUUUUAAAAGUGAUAUUUGGAGUUUGGGUCUUGUUAUACUUGAGUGUGCUAUUGGCUGUUUUCCUUAUAGGCAGAUUGAAAACGAUGAAAGCCCAUUGAGUUUUUAUGAACUUCUAGAGUCUAUUGUAGAAGAACCACCACCUAGUGCUCCAUCAGAUCAAUUCUCGCCGGAGUUCUGUUCAUUCAUAUCCUCUUGCAUUCAGAAAGAUCCUCAACAGAGAAUGUCCAGCUUGGAACUUCUGAGUCAUCCCUUCAUUAAAAAAUUUGAGGACAAAGACAUUGAUCUUGGGAUCCUUGUCAGCAGCUUGGAUCCUCCUGUAAAUUUAGAUUUUUAGGGCAUUGCUAUAUGAGAAUUUCCCUGCAAAUUGAGCUUUCCAACCACAAAUCGAAAUUAAUGGCGAUUUUUAGCUAUGUAGUCCUGCAUGAUCUUCAAAAUUAGCUUCCAGGAUAUGGGUUGGACAUGCAUUAAGAAACGUCAGAAUACCAUUAUUUCAUCAGGAGGGACAGUCAGUUUAAGAUUUUUGGCAACUUUUGUGGUGACUUUCUACCAUUAGAUGAAGCUAUUUUUUUUGUUUCUCAAAACUAGAAAAACUACUGUUGCUUUCAAUUGGGUUCAGAAAACCUGUUACUAUUCUGGAUAAUACAAUAUACAUUAAUUCAAGUUAUAUAUAAUGUGAUUGCCUGUUUAUAUUUUAUUAUGA